GCGGCAGCCCCAGCGGAGAGCCAGCGGGGAGCCGGCGGCGGCUCGUACGAGCGCCGGGGCUGUGCCAUUCUCUCUCGGCCGGCGGCACAGUGCUUUCCGGCUGCCGUCAAGCGCGGCACCGGGCCGGCGGGCGGGGGCCAUGGCGGCGGCGGGCCGGCUGCCGAGUUCCUGGGUGCUGCUGGCGCCGCUGCUUGGAGGGCUCGCGCUGCUGGGAGUCGGGCCGGUCCCCGCGCGGGCGCUGCACAACGUCACGGCCGAGCUCUUUGGGGCCGAGGCCUGGGGCACCCUGGCGGCCUUCGGAGACCUCAACUCCGACAAGCAGACGGACCUCUUCGUGCUGCGGGAAAGAAAUGAUUUAAUCGUCUUUUUGGCAGACCAGAAUGCACCCUAUUUUAAACCCAAAGUAAAGGUAUCCUUGAAGAAUCACAGUGCACUGAUAACAAGUGUAGUCCCGGGAGAUUAUGACGGAGAUUCACAAAUGGAUGUCCUUUUGACCUAUUUUCCCAAAAAUAUUGCCAACAAUGAAUUAGGAGCUGUUAUCUUCUGGGGACAAAACCAAACAUUAGAUCCUAACAAUAUGACUAUACUCAAUAGGACUUUUCAGGAUGAACCACUAAUUAUGGACUUCAAUGGUGAUUUAAUUCCUGAUGUGUUUGGUAUCACAAAUGAAUCUGACCAGCCACAGAUACUAUUAGGAGGGAAUUUGUCAUGGCAUCCUGCAUUGACCACUAAAAGUAAACCUCGAAUUCCGCAUUCUCAUGCAUUUAUUGAUCUGACUGAAGAUUUUACAGCAGAUUUAUUCCUUACGACAUCGCCUACCUCUGAUACAUUCCAGUUUGAGAUAUGGGAAAAUUUGGAUGGAAAUUUCUCUGUCAGUGCUGUAUUUGAAAAACCUCCCAAUAUGAUGGUGGUUGGACAGUCGGCAUUUGCAGACUUUGAUGGAGAUGGACACAUGGAUCACUUACUGCCAGGCUGUGAAGAUAAAAACUGCCAGAAAAGCACCAUUUACUUAAUGAGAUCUGGAACAAAGCAGUGGGUUCCAGUCUUACAGGAAUUCAGCAAUAAGGGCACCCUCUGGGGCUUUGUGCCAUAUGUGCAUGAAGAAGCAACUGAAAUAGAAAUUCCAAUUACCCUUCGUAUUGGAGACUACAACAUGGAUGGCUAUCCAGAUGCUCUUGCCAUACUGAAGAAUACAUCUGGAAGCAAUCAGCAGGCCUUUUUACUGGAGAACGUCCCUUGUAAUAAUGCAAGCUGCGAAGGGGCACAUCGUAUGUUUAGAGUCUACUGGGAGCUGAUGGACCUAAAUCAAAUCAGGGACGCCGUGGUUGCCACCUUCUUUGACAUUUACGAAGAUGGAAUCUUGGACAUUAUAGUACUGAGUAAAGGAUAUACAAAGAAUGAUUUUGCUAUCCAUACACUAAAAAAUAACUUUGAAGCAGAUGCUUAUUUUGUGAAAGUUAUUGUUCUUAGUGGUCUCUGUUCUAAUGACUGUCCUCGUAAGAUAACACCCUUUGGAGUAAAUCAACCUGGACCUUAUAUCAUGUAUACAACUGUAGAUGCAAAUGGAUAUCUGAAAAACGGUUCAGCUGGACAACUCAGCCAGUCGGCACAUUUAGCUCUCCAGCUGCCAUACAGUGUACUUGGGUUAGGUCGAAGUGCAAAUUUUCUUGAUCAUCUUUAUGUUGGUAUUCCCCGUCCAUCUGGAGAGAAGUCUAUACGAAAACAGGAGUGGACUGCAAUCAUUCCAAAUUCCCAGCUAAUUGUCAUUCCAUAUCCUCACAACGUUCCUCGAAGCUGGAGUGCCAAACUGUAUCUUACACCAAGUAACAUUGUUCUACUUACUGCUAUAGCUCUCAUCGGUGUCUGUGUUUUCAUCUUGGCAAUAAUUGGCAUUCUACAUUGGCAGGAAAAGAAAGCAGAUGAUAGAGAAAAACGACAAGAAGCCCAUCGGUUUCAUUUUGAUGCCAUGUGACUUGCCUUAACUAUCAUAUAAAGGCAACAGAACAGCUAUUCGCUUGAUUAACUGAAAUACUAAUUUGGAUUAUAGAAGAAAGUAGGAGAUUUUGAAUAUUAUUUAUAAAUGAUGCAUCUCUUGGUAAUUAUUGGAAAGUAUUCAAAUAAAUAUGGUCUGAAUAUGUCACAAGGUCUUUUUGUAAAGCACUUUGUAUAUAAUAACUUGGGUUCUUUAUUCACUUGUGCUGUGCAUUUGUGUUCCUUUGUGGAAUGUGUUGCAUGUUCUCAGGUGUUCAUGUAUUUAUAAUCUUAUUAGAAUAAUGAUGUUGGGGAAAGACGUGUGAAUAAAAAUAUUUAAAUGAGCAGGGUCUCUUGUGUUCCGCUGGAAUUGGUCUUGCUUCUUAUUCUAACGAUGCCAAUUAUAAUUCUGUGAAUGUACCACAGAGCUACUGAUUUCCUCUUGGCCGUCGCAGGUCGGGGGCGCUCGCGGGGGGCACACAAUGUAGUGAUUGGGUGCGCUGGCUUUGGGAUGGCAGUCAGGCAGACUCGCCUUACACUCCUGGUUCCACCACUUAAAAGCUGUUUGAACUUAGUUAAGUUCUUAACCUCUGUAUGCCUCCAUUUUCUUGUUUAUAAACAGAGUUAACACUACUACUCGAGUUAUUGCAAACAUUAAAUGGGAUGAUGUAUGUAAAGUGCUUAGCUUGGUGUCUAGCACAAAGUAAGUGCUCAAUAAGUGGUAGCUGUCAUUUAUUACUAUUUUAGAUAAUUUUUGUACAGACUUCUAGAACUAAUUGUCAAAAUAUAUAGACUCGAUAGAAUUUUAUUUUCAGGCGUAAGGAAAUAAUGUUCUUUGCAAAGCCUAAAUUCUCGGUCGUUGACAUCUUAUAUAAAGAUUUAUUACUUGUUCAUAACUAAAAAUUAUAGUGCCCUCUAAGAAUUAAUGUGCCCUAAAAUUUUCAUUUGAGCACUGAUGCUUACCAUGUGGUGAUGAAGAGCAUUUGAUUUCUGGAAAGGAAACUACUUUGGAUAGCAUUGGGAAUACAGAUCCUCAAUCACACUUGCAUUCUUCAGAGCUUGUAGGAGUCUCUAAUUUACAUUCAGACUUCAAUGCAAAUUUUUGUGAACUUCACCUCACCAAAAAGUUACUUUAAGACUUCAUCUAAGAUCUGGAAAACAGCUUAUAUAUCAGUGUUAAUAAUUUUCUAAUAUGCAAAUGGCAUGUGAUAGCUAUAAACUACAAAAACUUCUCAGAGAACAUUUAAUCUUGUUGUUCAUGUUAGUUUUUCUUUACAGUUCGCUGAGAAUGGCGUGUAUAAGUGGUUUACUCUGUGUAUCUGAGCAUGUUAAUAUGUCUUCUGAAUAAAUACUCUGUAUUGGAACCAGG